AUGGGCAAAAGAAUCAUCGUCACCGGUGGCUCCGGCAAGACCGGCACUCUCGUCAUCCAACAUCUCCUCGCCCAAGGCCAUACUGUCCUCAACCUCGAUCUCGCUCCUCUUCCUUCCCCUCUAUCUUCGCAAGUCCACACCAUCAAGACCGACCUCACCAACCCCGGCCAGGUCUUCUCAGCAUGUCUAUCUCACUUCCACCUCACGGAGCCCUUCAAUUCCUCCAAACAUGACCCUCUCAACACCCCCGCAGACGGCAUCAUCCAUCUCGCCGCCCUCCCCCAACCUCUCCUCGUUCCAGACACCGAAACCUAUCGCGUCAACACUCUAUCCACGUAUAACAUUCUCGAAGCAGGCUGCAAAUUAGGCAUCCCCAAGAUCAUCCUCGCUAGUUCCGUGUGCGUGUACGGAAUCGCCUACGCAGAAGGCGAUGUCCCCUACCCCAGUUUCCCCAUCGACGAAACAAUCGACGUCGACCCAAUGGACGCAUACGGGAUUUCGAAAGUCUGCGCCGAACGCACCGCCCGUGGCUUCGCACGCCGUUUCGCAGGAAAGGUCGACAUCUACGCCAUGCGUCUAGGCCGCGUCGUGGCACCGGAAGAAUACGAACAGGCGAUGUGGAAGAGCUACGUCCAGGAGCCUGAGAAGUGGAAGGUGCACGGGUGGAGUUACAUUGACGCACGGGAUUUCGGGCGCAUGUGUGAAUUGUGCGUGUUGCGAGAGACUGGAAAGGAUGGAUUUCAAGUGUUUAAUGCGACGAACGAUGAGAUUACGAAUAGAGAAGAGACGGCGGCGUUUUUGAAGCGAGUGUGUCCUGGGGUGGAGUUUACGCGGGAGAUGGGACAGACCGAAGCACCGUUUAGCAAUCGCAAGAUUAAAGAGGUGUUGGGGUUCAAGGAAGAGCAUAACUGGAGGAAGUAUUAUAAAGAUUGA